AUGCCGUUGAGCCUGUUGCAGGACUGGUGCAGGGGGGAACAUCUGGACACCCAGAGGUCUAUGCUCAUCCUGGGGGUUCCUGAGGACUGUGAUGAGGAUGAGUUUGAGGAGACUCUUCAGGAGGCUCUCAGGCACCUGGGCAGGUACAGGGUCAUCGGCAGGAUGUUCAGGAGGGAGGAGAAUGCCCAAGCGUGUCUCCUGGAGCUUGCCCAAGAUAUCGACUAUGCUUUGAUCCCCAAGGAAAUCCCAGGAAAGGGGGGACCUUGGGGGGUGGUGGUAAACCCUCGGAACUCGGACGGUGAAUUUCUCAAUAGACUGAACCACUUCUUAGAGGAGGAAAGGCGGACAGUAUCGGACAUGAACAGAGUCCUUGGAUCAGACAUCAAUUGCCUGGCUCCCAGAGUGGCCAUAUCCCCUGAUUUCUGGAUUUGGGCCCAGAGCCUGGGGGCAGUAGUACAGCCUCUGCUAGAACAGAUGUUAUACCGGGAGCUCAGGGUGUUCUCUGGGAACACCGUAUCUAUCCCUGGGGCACUGGCCUUUGAGGCCUGGCUGGAACACACUACUGAGGUGCUCCAAAUGUGGCAGGUGCCUGAGGGGGAGAAGAGGCGGAGGUUGAUGGAAUGCUUGCGGGGGCCUGCUCUCCAGGUGGUCAGCGGGCUCCGCGCCCACAAUGCUGCCAUAACUGUGAAAGAGUGCCUGGCAGCCCUGCAACAGGUGUUUGGGCCCGUGGAGAGCCGCAAAAUCGCCCAUGUGAAGUUUUGUAAGGCCUAUCAGGAGGCAGGAGAGAAAGUGUCUAGUUUUGUGGUCCGGUUGGAACCCCUGCUCCAAAAAGCCAUCGAAAAAAAUGCAGUAUCCCGGAGGAAUGUGAAUCAGACGCGCCUGAAACAAGUCUUAAGUGGGGCGAACCUUCCUGACAAACUUCGAGACAGGCUUAAGCUGAUGAGACAGCGGAGGAAGCCUCCUGGUUUCUUGGCCCUGGUGAAGCUGCUGCGUGAGGAGGAGGAGUGGGAAGCCACCGUGGGCCCUCUGAGGGAGUGUCUGGAUGGGUUGGAAGCAGGCUUCAGGUCCCCUGCCAGGGCCUGUGGUUUCCGAGCAGUGUCUUUUCCUGGCCCUGGCAACAUUCUGCAGGCCAGGUCUUCCCAGAGUUCCCGGCGCAGGAGGGGCAGGGGCCGAAGGGGAGGUGUGCCAAGGGCUGGCUCUGGAAGUUUAGGAAAAUGGAAACACCACACAUUCUGCUAUAGUUGUGGAGAAAACGGCCACAUCAGGGCAGAAUGUAGCAACGCUCCCAACCGCCGCUUGGUGAAGCAGAUGAGACAGGCUGCCAUAGAGUCGGGAAACGGCAACCGGGCUUGA